AUACACAAUUCAAUUACUCAUCAGCCAUAACAUUCACUAAAACUCCUUUGAUUCAUCUGUUAGAGCUUAACUUGCAAAAUAUACCUACAGAAGAUAAGAGAUAGAGAUGACUAGAGGUACUCUAGAAGUUUUGCUCGUCGAUGCUUCUAAACUCAAAGACACCGAUUUUUUUGGUAAAAUGGACCCUUAUGUGAUAAUUCAGUUCGGUAAUCAGAAGCGUAAGAGCACCGUUGCCCGUGGAGAAGGAAAAGCACCAGUGUGGAACGAAAAAUUUACAUUUGAUGUGGAGUAUCCGGAUAAUAUCAGAGAUGAGCAUCAUCAAUAUAAACUCAAUCUCACCAUCAUGGACAAAGAUAGGUUCAGCAGAGAUGACUUUGUAGGCGAAUCCACGAUUUACGUGAAGGAUGUCUUAUCCUUAGGCGUAGAGAACGGAAGAUCUGAAGUUAGAACUAGCAAGUAUCGUGUUGUUCGACACAACAAAACCUAUUCUGGAGAAAUUCGGGUCGGCAUUUCAUUCACCCGAAAGGAUACGAAAGCAGAUGAGAAAGCAAACUAUUUGGGAGGAUGGAAGCAGUAACUAAAAAGAUUGAUCAAAACUUAAAAUUAUUAACGAAGGGGCUAGCGCUAUUUAGUUUAUUUGACUUUGUAAUUUCGUAAAUUUUAGUAAUUACUACUAAUGUAAUUCAAUUGAUUGUAUCAAAUUCCUGGGUGAAAAAGACAUAUAAAAUUUGAUAUUGUUUAAAUGGACGAGAAUAUAAAAAUAGCCAGGAUGUAAACAAUU